GGGACAGCCGCCCGCGGGAAGGGGGGCAGGCACCCGGAUCCGCCGGCCGCUCCCCCGAUCUCAGGAAAAGAGCCAGAAGGUGCAAUUAUGCAUAAAGCAACGGCAGGAGGAAUUAAAAAGCAGAUUUCAAGACACGGCUUUGUAGGAGCUCUUGGCACACGAGUGGGGGAUAUCAAUGGGACAGAUGUGACAGUGCAGACCACAGUAAUGCCCUUUACUGGAAAAAGGUGCAGUGCAAGUUUAUUUUUGCUCCAUUUCCCACGGCAGAGUGGGUGGCUGCGGCGCUGCCGUGGGGCCCCUGCUCUCUUGGGAUGAGAUGGCACCAGGAUGGCUGAGCCUGACCCGUGUCCACCCACAGCAGUUCCCAGCCCUGCUCGGGAUCCAGGGACACUGUGACCGCUCUGUCACGGCUGGAGCCCUCGCCCACGGUGUGGGACAACUCUGAGCCCUGUGUCCUGAUCCGCUCUGGCUGGACGUGGGCAGCAGCCUGCGCUGCCUUUUGCCACAAGACAAUUUGGAAAAUUAUGAGAAAUAGGGUUUGAGACGGCAUCUGGCCCACUGCUGCCACCGCACAGGUCCCUCGGGUCCCAGCCCUCGGAGCUGGAACAGGAACGGAGGCAUUUUCUUCCCGAGCCUCCAAGAGCCCCUCGCUCGGGCUCCCUCCCGCCUCCCGGGGGGCUGGGGCGGACACCCCCAAAUCCACGGAGAAAACAUUCAAAAGUCACAGAAACUAAACAAGUAUGUGUCAAAAUUAAAAAUAAAUCCACCCCGGGAGCGCGGCCGGGCUGUUUGUGCUGCUGGCUCCGCGGGCGCGGAUGCGAUAAGAUAAAGGCAGGAGCGGGGAGGGGCGGCGCGGAGCUGCGCGGAGCCGGGCGCGUCCGCGGGGCUGGACGGACGGACACACACACACAGGGACAGUCACACGAGCGGACGGACGGACGGACGGACGGACAAGCGGACCUGGCGGCCCCUCCGCUCCGCCCCCGCGCAGCCUCCGCCCCCGGCCGCGCCGCUCCGCUUUACAUAACCCGUCCGGGGCCGGGGUCCGCGCCCCGCGCCUCCGCCCGGCGGAAAUGCGGAGCCGCCUGCCCCGGUUUCCUGCCUGAGCCGAGCCGAGCCGAGCCGUGCUGAGCCGUGCGCCCCGUCCCGCCCGCCCCGUCCCGGGCGCUCCGCGGCUCCAUCAUGGGCGAGCGGCAGCCGGACGCCUUCUCCUGCAGCGCGGCCGCCUCGCUGGAGCCUCGGCAAUGAAUGGGCACUCGCUGCCGGCCGGCACGCCAGCGCAUCCCCGGGGCUGGCAUGAGUUCUGCGAGCUGCACGCCAUCAGCACCGCCAAGGAGCUGGCGCGGCACUACCUGCGCUUCGCCACCGAGCACCCGCACCAUGACCUCCUGGCCGCCGAGAACUUCUCGGUGCAGUUCACCGACCUCUUCCAGCAGUACUUCUGCCACGAGGUGAAGGAGGGCAUCGCCAUGAGCCAGCUCCGCAUCCUGCCCGCUGGCCCGGCGCGGGAUUACCGGGACACGCACCGGCGGCACACCGAUGCUUCCCUGGGCACGGUGGCCACCAAAGCCGAGGCGGAGCCCGGUGCCCGCCCCGAGCAGCCCGCCCGAGCCGCCGAGGCUGCUCCCUCUGGACUCCGCAAGUCCUGGAGCUCGGAGGAGCUGGCGGGGCCGGCGCGGAGGCCCUUCUCGCUCAGCCAGCUGCGCAGGAGCUGGCGCAGCCUCUUCCGACGCCGCUCCUCGGACGCGCUCCCCGGGGACGCCGAUGGCGAGGCGGCCGAGGCGGCUCUCAAGCCGGGACUGGGGAAGCGCAUCCUGCCCUGGGGGCUGUCGCGGGAGCAGCCCCCCGAGGUGCGCAAGGAGGGGCUGCUCAAGUACGGGCUGCUGGAUGAGAAUUCCCUGGACAGCGGGACGCGCUGGCAGCGCUGCCGCCUGGUGCUGCGGAGAGCGGGGCCGCCCGACGCCGAGGAAUUCCUGCUGGAGCUCUUCGACCCGCCCAAGGGCUCCAAGCCCAAGCUGCUUGUCGCCUGCUCCACCGUGCAGGAGGUGAGGAGGUGCACACGCCUCGAGAUGCCCGAUAACCUCCACACCUUUGUCCUCAAGGUCACCAAUGCCACCGACAUCCUGUUUGAGGCAGGGGAUGAGCAGCAGCUCAGCUGCUGGACAGCCGAGAUCCGGGAGUGUGUGCGCAGGGGCCUGGCUUCUCCCGUCCCCAGCAGGUCUGACACAGGUGACUCUGAGCUCCUGACGUGCCGACACCCCGACCCUACAGCCGCCAGCCCAGUCACCAGCACCGACCCCGUCAGCCAAGGUGAGCUGGGGACACCCAGGGGACCCUGGGGACAGAGUAUCCCUCACCGGGGGGUCACCACAUGCUGCCAUGGCUGGGCUGAUUGGCCUUCCCCAGAUGGCACGAGGUGGGGACAGAAGGGGAGAGGACGGGGGCGAUGGGCAGGGACACUUCCCAGGGACACUUCCCAGGGACACUCAUCCCUGUGCCUGGCAGGGGCGACUCCGGGGGGCCCGGGGGAGGCGGCGGGGCCGAAGAUGGAGCAGUUCCUCUCCUCGUGCCCCUGGUUCCACGGGCCCAUCUCGCGGGUGAAGGCGGCUCAGCUGGUGCAGCUGGGGGGGCUGGAGGGCCACGGCGUGUUCCUGGUGCGGCAGAGCGAGACGCGCCGCGGCGAGUACGUGCUCACCUUCAACUUCCAGGGCAGAGCGAAGCUCCCGGCUCCAGCACCACGGUCCCCCUCCCGCUGCCCUUUCCAGGCUGGAGCCCCGAGCUCAGCCUCGUCCCCACCAGCUCCUCCUGCCCUCACAGCCCCGAGGAGCCCCCCGGGGGUCCCCCAGCAGAGCAGAUCUUCCACCUGGUGCCACCGCCGGCCGAGCUGGCGCAGAGCCUGCGCCCGGCCAGGGCCACCGCGGCCACCGCGGCCCGGCCCCGCGACUCGGACUAUGAGGUGGAGGCACCAGGCCGGGGCCACGUCCGUGCCAUCGACAACCAGUACACGCCACUGUGACCAGCACGGCGCCGGCACUGGGAUGCACUUUCGGGUGGAGAAAUCCUGGAGACCUUCUGGGGGAUCCAUCGAGAGAAAGAAUGUACCUGUUUCUUCCUUCUGGUUAGGGAUUAUUUUUGUAUUUUUCGCAAGGAAGGGGGUAAUUUUUCACUCCUGUACGGGUGUGCUCCCUCUCGUUGGCCUGUUGAAGGGCCUCUUAUUGUUGGUUUUUUGUUGUUUUUAUCGAAGCUUUCUCGUUACUGUUUACACAACGCCGCUCGUGCCCGGUGUCCUGCCUGUCCCUGACAUGACAGCACCCAGCCAAGGAACCAGGGGCUUGUGUUACACCCACGGAAUUGGAGGAAGUUAAAAAAAAACCCAGGAUAACAAGAAAAGAAUGAUUAUAAAUUCACUGCCAAGUUGCUGCUCCAGGCCUCAUCCUCCUGCCCUGGCUGCUGAACCCACCAGCAAAGCCCGACCUGAGCUGAGCUCCCACAAAAGGUGCUGAGCAGGGUUUGGGGUUUUUCUUCAGCUAAGGCAAAAACUGGCUUUUUCCUGCUUUUCCUUUUGAACCCACCCAGCCGUGGUCACUCCCUGCGCCAGGCAGAGGGAUCCUCAUCCUGCUCUCCCGGCUGAUUGAGACUGAACACUAAUUGCUCCAUCCUUAGCCAUGGCACCAGCUGAGAACUAACACAGAGACUGACACAGACCUCUCCUGCUGGUGAGGGAGGGGUUUAUCCCUUUGUAUCCUGGUGAUGGAUGGGUUCUAUCCCAGUGAUGGAGGUUUUUUAUCCCUGUGGUGAAUGGGUUUUUAUCCUGGUGAUGGAACCGUUUUAUCCCAGUAAUGGAACCAUUUUAUCCCAGUGAUUUUAGGCUCAAAUCUAAAGUCAGUUUUCCCCUUAAAGAGCCCCCAUACAGUUGCUUGCCUUUUUGCCCCCAAAACACCAUGUCACCAGGAGCUUGGUGGCAUUUUAAGCUCCACAACAGCCUCUUGCAGGCAAUGGGGGUCCCUGGGGGCCAAAUUUGGGGUCCUAAAUCCCUGGGUCUCAUCACCCCCUGACGCCCAGCUAUCCCCAAACUCUGCUGCUGUUCCUGAGCCCCCUGGGCUGCUUCACCUGCCUGGGGCAGCCGUGAGAGAGGAAGCACUUCUGAGAAGCUGCCUUUAUUUUAGGAAAGAGGAAGGGCUGGAGCCGUUGCGCCACACAGGAGGGGAUGUUCACAGUAUUCAACUUCCAGAUUUCCCAGCGCAGCCUUCCCUGGGAUUUCGGAUACAAAACUUGCCUUACAGAAAGCAUUUUUAUUUCUAUUUUCCUUGAAAUUGCAAUACAGGUGGGAGCCCUCAGGAGCAUUAACAUUUAGCAAUUAAUUUGAAAACCAGCAAACACAAAGCCUCGUUGGGCUGAGUUAGGGAAUUCCACAAAAACCCAGCCCCUAGGACAGGCUUUGCAGGUUCUGGGUGAGCCCACAUCCAAGGAGACAAGGUCAGGAGCUGAAGGGCAAGGCCAAAAUGUCUGGGGCCAAACAGUCCAGGAAGCAGCAAUGAGAGCAAAUCUGGGUUUAUAAAUCUGAGUAUGAGGCUGAGACAAACAGGAACCAUUUAGGUUUUCCUUUUGUGCCUCCCCAUUGCUCGCUCUUGCUCUCUCCUGGGCUUUGUGCAUUUAGAGCAGGCAAAGGCUUUUUUCCCCCCUGCUUUCUCUACACUUGUGCCUGAAACUGGAGCAUUAAGAGCAAAUUGCACUGGUCCUGCAGCACUGCCAGCCCCGGAGAGGCUGAGGGAGGAACAAAGCCAGCCCUGUCCUCCUCAGCUGUAUCCGCAUCCCUUUCUCCUCCCUGGAGCAGCACAAAGGCUGCAGCCAGAGGCAGGAGCACAUCCCCAGGGCUGCCUUGUGCCAGGCAAGGCAGCUCCCUCUGAGGCUCAUAAAUAACUCCCCGUGCUCUUGCAUUUAUAGGGAUGGGGAAGGGAAGGGGGGACAGCACAGCACGAGUUGUUGUUUCCUUUCCUCGCUUGCUGCCCGCUUCCCAAAGCCUUGGAAAACACAGGGAUGUGCUAAAUCUUGCUCAGGUUGCUGGUUUUAGUCCCCCUGAGCUUCAGGGAGUUGCUUUCAAAGGGGUUUUCCCCCAAAAGGUGAGGUGGAAUCACCCGAAUCUCCCGACAUCUGCAAAGAAAGGACGGGCUGGGAAAAGGCAGUGCUAUUCACAUCCCCUGCCAGCUGAAUCCAGAGAAAUCCUUGCCAGAUAAAUCAGAUGCUGCUGGGGUGGGUUGUUUUGGCACGCCAGGACUUUAUUGUUCCAGUGCCAGAACUGAAACAUGCGUGUGCAUGUGGUAUUUUUAACCUGCAGUUUAAUUACAAGGGGGUUCUCCGCAGUUUAAAUGGAAAUUGCUGGGCUUGAUUAGUAAAAUACACGUUGGCUUCAUUAUCAGCCACUUCCCCCAUGCAAACAAACUCCAGUGGGGGAGAACUGUUCUCCCCACCAGUGGGAGAGUCCCUCUGAUUAUUUAAUAGCCAAUUCCAUCCCCAAACUCACCCACAGGCAGCCGAGGGCUGUCCAGCCCUGCCAGCUCCACCAGUUCCUCAUUUCAGAUCCACUGCAGCAGGACCUGAGGGGAUUUUUGGGCUAUUUCCCAAGCUCCCAGGGGGAACUGAGUUUGAAAUCCCAUUUCUCCUAGAAAACAUCUGCCUUGUGACACAGGUCAGAGCACGACUCUGCUCCUGCCAGCACGUUACUGCAGCCCUAAGGUACUCACUCCUCUGCACUGUAGCAGUGGGCAAAGAGCAUUAAGCCAUUCCACCCUAUGGAAUAGAAGCGAUUUGCAGGAUUUUUUUAUAUUCAUGUGACUUGAGAGAAGAGCCCAGGGCUGGGCAGGUUUGGUUCUUCAGCCCCUGUGGGCUUUUCCUGGCAUUUGUGGAAGUUUUGGGAGGAGGGGAAGCCAAGGGCAGGUGGCCCCUGGUGAGGUGCAGGCACCAGUUUGUGCCCUGGCUCUGGAGGUGGGCACGUGGGACACGAGUUUGGAUCCCACCCAAGGAAGGCAGGAGCCACAGGAGCAGCUCUUGGAGCUGGGCUGGAAGUCCUGCCCACGGGCCUCCCCCAGGAGAGGCUGGGGAGCCCCAUUUCAUCCAGCUCCUCAGGACAGUUUUUAGCAAUAAAAAUGAAAACCACGCAGUGCCUUUGCUCUGUGACAGCAGGGACUUGGUUUUGGGGCACAAUCCAAAACUUGGGUCCUGCCGGAAUUCCUUCCCCUCCUCUUCCUCUUUGCUGCCAGCCACUCCUGCUUGGUGGCCUUUGUGUCCCCAGGGGUGUCGGGUUCUGGAGCUCCUGCCAUGAAGCAUUAGUGGAUGUCUCCCUCCCUCCCAGCAGGUACCAAACACUGACACCACCAUUCCUCACCCAUCCCUUUGGAUUGAAGCUAUUUUGGGGUGAAACUUCUAGGAAAAGAUCCAGGGAGAAGCCAAAGCUUCUCCUUCCUCAUCCGGACCACCAGACCCCGGUGUCAUCCAGCAUUCCAAACUUUUAGCUUGGAUCCAAACAGCCCCAGCAUUCCCCAGCAGCUCCCAGGGGCAGGAAGGUGACUCUGUAUUCCCUAACUCAGCCUUCAGCAGGACGAUUAAAGCCAACAAUUUUGUUGGGAGUGUAUUAAUUUGAAAGUUCUACUUUUCACCUGCACAGAAAAGUUCUUCUUGUAUAGUAAUUUUUUUCUAUAUAUUGUUUCUGUAUGUACUGUACAAGUAACUUAUUCUUGAAUAAUGCAAUUUUACCAUAAUAUUAAAAAAAAUCUGCUCUUAAUAAACUGUUUUUAGAACUUGUUUCUCA